CUGGCUUCGACGGCUUCGUGGAGCGAUCCCUGCAGAUCAUCGACCAGAAAGUCUUGAAGCCCAUCUUGAGGACCGAAAAGCCGCCCUUACAGGUUCGUUAGGCCCAGCUUCCGAUGCUAGCCGAUUCCCUAAUGACCAAGUUGCAGAAUUUGUUUCGCACUCCCGAACUCCAGGCCAAGACGGCAGACGAGCAUAUUCAUUUCUACUCCUCCACCAGAGUAGACGCCUUUAUCGGUCUUCUCAUCACUUUCAUCAUCUUCUCUCUUCUCGUGUGCCCGGUUGUACUCAUGUACAAGUUCUCGAGUAGUCGCAAUGAGCAGUCGACCUUUGACGCCGUUGCCAUCAUGGUCGUGUUCACCCUUCUCUUUUCGGCAGCGAUGAGUCUCGUGACCAAGGCUGCUCGACACGAGCUUUUCGCGGCAUCCGCAGCGUACUGUGCCAUCUUGGUCGUUUUUAUCGGUAAUCUUGCAAAUGGAGGUUUUCAAUGAAUUUUGAGGAGCGUGGCGUUUCGGAUAAUGACAUUUCUGAUGAAUUAUGCGUAAUGACUAUGUACAUAGCCCAAAAGAUCCAAUAUUGUGCUCGACAGGAGUGUGUUCUUGAUGUGUUUGCCUAUAUCAU